UGCCCUUGCUGAUUGGCUAAAGACUCGUAGGUCUUCCUCCAAAAAGGAGCACCAGUCUCCAACUUCAUCUUCCCAAAGCUGAGAGGAGAUGGGAAAUGCUCUGAGAUUUUUCUACGGAUCUUGCCAAAGGCAAACAGCAGCUGAUGAGCCUCAAGAAUUGGGCUCUCAUGGAGUAGUUACAGAGACCGCUGGGUUUUCAGCUUUAGCGCAGGAUCUUCGCCUCUUUCAUACCAACUCUCGAGUCCCUCCAGGACUGAGCCGCUAUGUGAAUUCUUCAGAGAAGGCACAGAUAAAUUGGUACAGUAAACUAUUGAAAGCAUGGAAUGAAGCCAGGACACCACCAAAACAAGCAGAAGCAGCGGCUAGGCUUGUCAUCCAAACUUUACAGAAUAUUGGGAAAGCAAAUUUAGAGGGCUUUCUAGCUUUCUAUGGCCUUCCUGUUCCACAAACUACUGAAGAAGACACAGAUGUUACACCACCAUGGGCUGAAGGGGUCCAGUUUGAGCUGCUAACUCUGCCUAUAGAUGAGUGGGCUAUUGGGGAUGGAGAUGGCUUUACUGCCUAUGUCAGCACAGGAGAACAGAUGGAAUCGAACCUCAUACCUCAGGAAGUGAAAAAUGCUGUCAUAAGGAGGCACAAUGCCCGCGCUGCGAAGGACUUUAAGCAAGCAAAACUAAUUAAGAAAGAAGUUAUUGCUGCAGGAUAUAGAUUCAUAACACUUCCAAAUCAAAAGGAGAUUCUUGCUCACAAAUAUCGAAUCAGAUUAAGGGGAGUUGACGCACCCGAAUGUAAAAUGCCAUACGGGGAGGAAGCUAAGCAAGCGCUGGCGAAGAUGAUCAAAGGGAAGUGCCUCCAGAUCCAUGUCUAUGGAGUAGAUAAAUACGGUCGAACGGUUGGGGAUGUUUAUUGUAAUGGAAUUUUUAUACAAGAGCUGUUGUUGAGGAGAGGCUGUGCGUGGCAUUAUAAGGCUUUCGAUGCUCGUCCAGAAUUUGCAGAGUCGGAAAAGAAAGCACGCGCUGAUCGUAGAGGUUUGUGGGCUUUACCAAAUCCUGAGGAACCAUGGGUAUGGAAGAAAAAAAAUCCCAAUCCACGUGAAACACUGCAGAAAAACCCUUCUGUUUAUAGAAUGUGAUUCAGUUUAAAAUAGUAGGAUAAUAGUGUCAUGUAAAUUUGUUUUUUGCAAUGUUAGCUAAGCACCUCCAAUAUAUAUUAUAUGUAUGUAUGUAUGUAUA